AUGACGGGAGCUCCCACUGCUGCCGAGGGCUACGCCUCAGCGCCUCCAAAGGCCGGGCCGGAAGCAGCCGAGGUGAAACGGCUUUGCGAAGAACGGGUGGCAACGUGGAAGUCCGACGGCAACGCGCGCCUCACUGAGGGUGAUGUUUCCGGCGCGGUCGAAUGCUACUCCCGGGGUAUUGAUGCGGCCAAGGAGGCUAAUGUGGAAGGGAAGCUUCUGAGCCAGCUCUACCUGAAUCGGGCGCAGGCGCAGGCUCGGCUCGGAAGGCAAGCAGAAGCCCUGCAGGACUCUGAGUUUGCCCUGGAGCAUGACCAGCUGAACGGACGGGCGUACUGGCGAGCUGCUACAGCUGCUCUGGGACUAAAUCGCCCAGACACAGCUGCUGCACUCUGCAUGCGUGGCAUCAAGGUUCUGGGUGAUUCUGACACCUUGUCCUCAUUGCUGGAGGAGGCAAAGCAGAAGUUGGAGGAAGCGAAGCGAAGUGAGGAGGACACUCAGCGUGCAGCAUCCUCUCGGGCGGAAGCAGAGGAGGUUGAGCCCACCAUUGCGAGCGAGCUCAGCGAGCGUGCGGCUGCCUUGCUGAGAACCUAUCGCGACCAAGAUGAGGCCGUGCGCAAAUUCGAGGACAUCAGGCGUGCGGUCAAGCUCUUCCAGGCGAGCUUGCAGGAGGACUCGAACAACGAAGAAGCGCUGCUGGGUCUGGGGGAGAUCUUGGACGAAGGCUUAGGAGGCCUUGAGUCCGACCCAGAUGCAGCUCGGGUGCUCUGGAUGCAGGCGGCCACGACGGGGAGCCAACGGGCGCAGUUGAAGAUGUGCCAGCGCAAGAUAUCGCAAGAAGCAUCCCUUUCACCUCCUGUUUUUCCAAUGGAGAAUUAUGGCCUGCCAGCAGCAGCUCUGACGUUUGCUUUGAGCAAUGCGAGCGGUUUGGCAAGAGUUGUGGCAUCCUUGGGCGGGUACAUGAUCUUCACCACAGGAAUUCUGCUGUCGGACACCCUUGGCUACAACAUCGGUUCCCUUGAAGAUGCAGCAGCUUUCAUUGUGUUCUUCGACCUGGGCUCGAUCUACACUAUUUGGACGCUUCGGGCCCACAUCAACUUACGAUUCCUCAUAGCGAUGUGGCUUCCAUGGACGAUUUUCGAGCUCAUCGGCACGAGGGUGCUGAUCGCUAACAGUGAUUCGCCCUGGCUGAAGCGCUCUUUCGGCAUCCUUCUAUUCGUUGUUUUGCUGGUGGAUGCCUUUGAGCAACACCGUCGUAAUCGGCAGGCAUCCAGCUCUGACGGGGACAGCUCACAGAAGGCGCAGGCAUUCGGUCAGCCGACGGUCGUCAGUGGGCAGGAGAAUGCAGCUGUGCCAGACGCAGAGGUCGAGACAGGCGAGGCGGGCGAACGGUCGCGGGUCCUGCAGAAGCAGCCUUCGCCCGUUGGCUUUGACGCGGCGAGGCCGCGUGACCUGGCGAAGGCCAUAGCCCUCGGUGCGACUGGUGGCCUACUGAAAGGCAUGUACACUGUCCCGAUGCCGGCCUUGACGAUCUUCAUUCUUUUCUCUGGCAUCGAUAAAGAUACCUGGCGAGCCAAUGCCGUCCUCAAUUCUGCGGCCGGGCUACCGACAAAGGCAUACUAUCUUUUCGUCAUGGAGAAAAAAUUUGACAAACGGAGGGUACCACAGUACAUCGCGACAGUGCUGGGGAUGCUUUGUGCAACUCCACUUGGAAACUUUAUCGCGCGUCGCAUCAACAAGGACACCUUCAAGGACGUCGUCCGUGCGCUGACGUUCUCAGGAGCGUGCUCCAUGCUUGCCUCGGGCACUUUCAUGGCUGCCUGGGCCGUCUUGAUCGCCUUCAGCUGCUCGUGCGCCCUGACGAUCUGUCGCUACCGGGCACGACUUUCAGGUGAGAACCAGGCCAGCGGCCCGCCUGCACCUCGGGAAGACGCCCGAACUGUAAGUCUUUAA